AUGACCAUCUUCCCCUUCCGCCUCGCCCGCCCCUUUGCCCGCCUCGCCGUCGCGCCCGACGGUCCCGCCGCCGCCGCCGUCGCCGUGCCCCCCGACGCCCAGCGAUGCACCCUCGCGGCCGGCUGCUUCUGGGGCACCGAGCACCUCUACCGCCGCCACUUCACCGGCAAGGGCCUCCUCGACGUCCAGGUCGGCUACAUCGGCGGCGACGCCCGCGACCCCUCCUACCGCGCCGUGUGCGGCGGCAAAACCGGCCACGCGGAAGCCGCGCAAAUCAUCUUCGACCCGCGGCAGGUGUCGUACCGCGCCCUGCUCGAGUUCUUCUACCGCAUGCACGACCCGACGACGCGCAACGCCCAGGGCCCGGAUGCGGGGACGCAGUACCGCUCGGCCAUCUUUUUCCACGACGGGGAGCAGGAGCGCAUAGCCCGCCAGGUCACGCGGCUGGCGGACGAGCAGUGGUGGAAGGGGGGCAUCGUCACCGAGAUUGCCCCCGCGGGGCGGUGGUGGACCGCCGAGGAGUACCACCAGGAGUAUCUGGGCCGCAAUCCGGGCGGCUACGAGUGUCCCAGCCAUUUCCUGAGGCCGUUUCCGCCUCUGCAGUAG